AUGUGCUACUAUUGGAAAUCCAAAGAAGGAAGGGCAGUUAGUGAGAAGAACAAAAUUAGCCGAGCAUCCGUGAAAACAUCUCAUACAGCUGGUACAAAGAGUUAUGCUCGUUGGGCUGAGGACCUUCGACAAGAAGAUCCUGAAAAGAAACAACCACAUAGAGCGAAGGUUUAUUUAGCGACUCAUAGAAAAAAAGAUGAAGAAAGAAAUAAACAUGUGGCUGACUUGGCUGACUUGGAAAAGCUAAUACAUAAUGAACCAGAGCUAGCACAGAGUGACCAUGGAAAAGUUGCAUGGAAAGGUGAUGCCUUACAUACAAUUUUGGGGGAAGAAAAGCCUGGACAAGUGCAUGGCAUGGGUUUGCUUCCAGUGCCUAACCAAGUUUAUGGUCGGUUACCACGCUAUCUCAAGAACAUCAAUAUGACUACAACAAACGGGUCAUCACAUGCCGGAGAGAGUGAUGUUAUGGAGGAAAUAGCAAAGCUCAAGCGGCGUAUAGAAGAGCAGGACCAACGCAUAGAAGAGCAAGACCAAAUUAUUGAAGGAUUUAGAAACCAGGAUGAAGCCAAUUUCCGCCAAGGCAAUGAUGAAUCUCAGCUGGAAGUACCACAAAAUAGAAGAAAGAGAGUUCAUGCUAGUGGACCUGAGCAAGUACGCUUAGUGAGCAGACCAAAAGAUACAAUAAAGCAUCGUCCUGACUGCGAGGGUAGCAAUGAAUUCUCAUAUCAAGGACAAUCAUCACUAACACCUCCUUUUCCUGAAGAACGGGAGAUGAGAAAGAGCGGUGAGAAUCUGGAUGAAAAUUCGAGAAGAGUGCACAAACAAAUGACUCAAAACAAGACUCCAAGCCAUAUGUCCUCAAAGAAGAGAUGUCGUCCUUCGGAAGAGAUUCGUAAUGCAGUAAUUUUGAAAUCUUCAAUAUAUCCAAAUAAAAGGCGCGUGGCAUAUGCAACUAUUUUGGACAGUAAUUCAAAAACAUUGGUUGGUGGUGUUGAGCUGGGCCGACAAUUUACACAUGUGCAAAUUGAUGAACCUAUUGGCGAAGAUGAGCGCUUGGUAAGAGAAAGGGAGAAGUGUGUGACAAUCGGUGAUGCUUUUUCCUCUGGAGUAACAAUUGCUUGGCCUUCAGCAUGUAUUGAGAAGUUCAGUGGAUGACUUGAGAGUUGAAAUUGAUGCUUUGUCUAACCAUGGAGUGAAGAUGGAAAAUAUGUAGGAUUGGUCUGAGAAAUAUCGAAGGGCAGAUUGGAGCAGCCAUGAUUGGUGUUUUUGCAUAGUCACGAUGAUAUUAAGUAUUUCAUGUAUUAUAGGUUAGCUUAGUAUGUUGAGAAAUGUAGUAGUUUUUCUUAAAUAUGCAUCGUCUAUGUGUUCAUUGUUAUGAAUGCUAUGAAGUGACAUGAAACACGUUGGUUUUAUCUCCAUAAUGCAGUUCAUAUGCACGUGUUGCUCAUUGUAUGUA